CCCAUUGCAUUCCUCUACAAAAGCAUCUUCACGUUAUUCCACCUUCAUAAGACAUCGCAGUUGUUAAGGUGGGGGACUAGCAUAAAGAAAACGGGAAACUUUGGGAGAAACUACAGGAAACUUCAAGAGAUCUCUUGUCAAAGGGCUACAAAUAAAGAAUGGGCUCUGCUGGUGUACAGAUUGUGUGUGUGGCACUGGGAGUUUUAGGCCUCAUUGCCGCCAUCGUGACCAUAGCUGUUCCAAGAUGGAAAAUUUCUUCGUUCACUGGACAAAACAUUAUCACUGCACAGCUUCAGGAAGAGGGCCUGUGGAUGGAGUGUGUGGUUCAGAGUACCGGACAGCAGCAGUGUAAGGCCUAUGAAUCACUGCUUAUACUGGGCUCGGAGCUUCAGGCAGCCCGCGCCAUGACCAUUAUCUGCUGUCUGCUCACCGUCCUGUCCUUGCUCAUUCUGUGCGCCGGCGCUGACUUCACCACAUGCAUUGACAAUGAGGAUAUCAAACCCAAAAUCAGUCUGGUGUCCGCUAUUGGGAUGCUACUUGCAGGCCUGUUGCUGAUCAUCCCCGUCAGCUGGACUGCUAACAACGUGGUGCGUGACUUCAACAAUCAACUGAUUCCUCAAUCCCAGAAGAGAGAGCUGGGUGCCUGUAUCUUUGUGGGCUGGGGAGGAGGAGUCCUGCUGCUGCUAGCCGGAGGUCUGCUGUGUUGCUUCAGCCGACCACGCUCCAGAGGAUCUAGCAGCACUGCAAAAUACUACAGCAAUAGUGCCUCUGCUCCAAGCAAGAACUAUGUGUAGAUAAAAGUGGGUUAAGCUAAGGAGUUGCCAAAGUAAUGGUAGCCGCGGUUUAAAUCUGUCUAUGUUAGUAAACGCUUUAGUAGUUGAGUAAUCACAAUGACUGUAGAAAAUGAGGAAAACUUCAUCAAAUAAAAUGGAAUAGGUUAAGAUCUAGAAAGCUGUAAAUAUUACCUGUUUGGAGUUAUUAAACUGUCAUAUUAUGCUGCCUUUUUUAAAUGAGUUUUGAUAUCUUUUAAAUCUUUUUUGAUCUUUUAUAAUUUGCAGCUGUGAUUUCUGUAUCAUGAUUAUUUUGCGAUAGACUGUUGCUGAGAGGGUGUGUUUGGAGCAGCUAAUAAACAUUAUGCACUUAUUAAUCAAAAUUCAGGGUUGGACAAGCUUGAAACUAAAAAACUCUUUUGGGUCAUAGCAUAUGUAUCAGUACUUCUUACCAUUUCAAAACUGUUACUGAAUAAAUUCAUGUAUUAUUUUUGAGUAAUAAAGAAUCAGUUCUUUUCAUUCUUUUUUUAGGAUGUGGCAAUCCACUGCAAAUACUGUUAAUAUAAAAAUGCUAAAUAUUAUAACCAAGCAUUUUGAACUAUUUGCAUAUAAAUAAUCAUUUAUAUGUCCUUACAUGAACCUUCAAUUUGUUUUCAAUAAAUCUGACUGGUUUAUUUAAAGAAGUUCCAAACAUAAGUUUGGGAGGAACUUGUUCAUCUAGACCUGCCAAUCAUAUCCUAAGGAUAUAUAAAUGGCCUCCACAUCCCCAUCUCCACAUAUAUAUUUCAUAACACCUAUACCAAUAAUUAAAAAUUUUCUCACUUUAGUCCAAUAGUCCGUGGGUAUCUGGAGCCCCUCUGCUUGGAUAGCACACCAAAUAUGUUUACCUUAAUAUGCAUCAGGACUAUAUGUCUAGCGAACUCGUGACAUUUGUGUGUAUGAGCGUGACAACACAGAAAUAAAUCCAUGUUAAAAUAACACUGACAUUUAUUCCAAAUUCUAUAAAACAUAUAUUAAAAUGGGUUUCAACCAAAUCUGAUCACAUUAAAAAAAUAUAUAUAUUUAAAAAAAUAUAUUUUUUUAAAGUGAAAUACCUGAAGAGCAAAAUUUGGUCUGCAAAGGCCUGGUAUCCCCAAAAACUUUAACAGAAUUCUACAUAUCUUCAUUCUACUAUACACCUUUUUAAUUAUUUAAUUAUUCAUACGUCUUCUACAUGUCCAUUUGUACAUGUCUUCUCUCAUUAGGUUUCAUUACUCUAAUUGCUCUCCAGUUCGCUUACU